UGCUCAGCCUCAGCACGGCGCUGGAAGGAGAGCAGGAGGAAUUCCCCCUCGGAGGCAUCGCUGUGCUCUGCACCACCCGCGGAUGUGGCGAGGGCUCGGAGCUCCCCGGCAAUGCCCCGGUGUGAUUUACACCCCGUGAGUCACGGCAGCACAAACAGCCCGGCUUUCUUCCUGCUUCUCCCCCAGACAAUCCCCGCUUGUUCGGGCAAAUAUCGCCCGCCGGGCAAGGAGCCGCGGGGACGGCAGCGGGGACGGCGCCUUCCCCGGCUCCCACCGCGGAGGGCAGGACUCGAUUCCUCCUCUCCUUAGACACGAAAUCACAACCAGGCUGCGUGACCGGACUGGUUUGUCAGCAGCUCUGGUAUUCCCAGGGGAAGGUUUGGCCAAGCUCGGUGUUCUUCCCUGUUUUCCCCAUGUGCUUUGGGUGGCGUUCAGGGGUUUUGGUGCUGGGGGUGCCAGGCAAAGCUGCCAGCUGCUUCCCUAUGAGUUAUCACAGAAUCAUGGAUUGGUUUGGGUUGGAAGAGACCUAAAAGCUGAUCUCGUUCCAUUCCCUGCCGUGGGCAGGGACACCUUCCGCUAGAGCAAGUCUCUCCAAGCCACAUCCAAAAACUGAAAGCAGGAGGGGGGUUGGUUAGACCUGCCUUACUGCUUCUCAGCUUUAGAAGAUGGAGUGUGAAAAUAAAAGGCGUUUAGAAGACCCUCAACUCCACAUCUUUAGCGCUCUUCCUGGAGAAGUACGGGUACUUGAGCGAGCCAGGCACACACAGCCCGGCCGAGUUCACCGAGGCGCUGAGGGAUUUCCAGCGGGUGACCCACCUCCCGCCCAGCGGGGUGCUGGAUGCCCGCACCCUCCAUCAGAUGGCUCUGCCGAGGUGUGGCACGGAUGAUGGGGCAUGGCCCGCCCGGCGCCGCCGGCGCACGGCACAGCACGGUGGGCGCUGGUACAAGCGGCACCUGACGUACCGGGUGGUGAACUGGCCGUCCUACCUGCCCCAGCACGAGGUGCGCCUGGCCGUGAGAGCCGCCUUCGAGCUCUGGAGCAACGUGUCCUCCCUGCUCUUCUGGGAGGUGCAGCAGGGCCCUGCUGACAUCCGCCUCACCUUCUUCCACGGGGACCACAACGAUGGACUCAACAACGCCUUCGAUGGGCCAGGAGGUGCCCUGGCUCACGCCUUCUUCCCCCGGCGAGGAGAAGCGCACUUUGACAGCGCCGAGCGCUGGUCCCUGCACAGCGGCAAGGGGCGCAACCUGUUCAUCGUGGUGGCCCACGAGGUGGGGCACACGCUGGGGCUGCAGCACUCGCCCGUCAAGAGCGCCCUCAUGUCCCCCUACUACAAGAAGCUCAGCAAGGAUUUUGUCCUCAGCUGGGAUGACAUCUUGGCUGUUCAGAACUUGUAUGGAAAACCCUCCAAGGGCUCGGCCAUCCAGCUCCCAGGAAAGGUCUUCACUCACUUCCAGGACUGGAACACGGAUCUUUACAGCAGGGACCGACAGCACAGGAGCCUCAGCACCUACUAUUGCCACUCCUUCUUUGAUGCCAUAACUGCCGAUGGGGACCACAACCUCUACAUCUUCAAGGGCAGCCACUACUGGGUGGUGUCAGCGAGUGGCAAUGCCAGUGACCCACAGCCACUGCAGCCGCGCUGGCCCGGCCUCCCCGCCGGCAUCGACGCCUGCGCCUGGUCCCAGCUCAGUGGAAAGUUCUACUUCUUCAAAGGCGGCCGAUGCUGGCGCUACACGGGCUUCAGGCUGGAUGCAGGAUUCCCCCGAAAAUGCAGCGCCCUGGGGCUGCCUCGGCACCCGGACACCGCGCUCUACUUCCAGCAGCUCCGGCGGCUCGUCCUCUUCAAAGGCCCCAAAUAUUUCGUGUUGGGCGAGGAGCCGCUGGGCGUGGAGCCCUACUACCCCCGCAGCCUGCGGGACUGGGCAGGGCUGCCCCCGGGCACGGCCGGGGCUCUCACCCACCGCGACGCCUCCGUCUACUUCUUUCGGGAUGAGCACUACUGGAGAUUUGACCAGGACAAGCUGCGAGUGGUGGCCACCGGCAAAUGGGCCACGCAGCUGGCCUGGAUGGGCUGCUGGGACGCCAACAGCGAGCAGGUUCUUCUGUGA